AGUAUAAGAUUUGCCUUGCUUGCAGCAAUCAGAGUCAUUUUCUUGGUUGCAUUGUCCUGGAGGAGGCUUUUUCCCUCUUAUUUUCCCACUGGGAUUGCAAGUUUUAGCCUCUGUGGUCAACCACUGGGUGACCACAAGAAGGAAAAUGAGAAAAAGGGUCUUGGAGCAAAAUUGGUUCUUCAUCCUUUUGUAUUUUUUUUUUUGUUUUUAGAUACCUUCUUUCUUUGGUUAGAUUUGUGAAAGUUGAUUUCGAGGUUGGCUCUAUAUAUAGAGACCAAGUAGUAAGUACAAGAAGUGAUAAAUGUUCUUUUUGUGUGCUUCUAAAAAUAAGAUAUUUUUGCAGUCUUUAUUUCAAAUAAGUGGGUUAUUCAAAUAAACUAAUACUAAAUAAAUUAAAUAGAGAAACGGGGCUUUUAGCUGUACCACCAUGUUUAAGCCAUAUUAAUUCUCCUAUAUGAUUCAGAAUCUACGUGGCGUCCUGGCAAAUUUAGAACCACAAAAUGUCAAAACAGAGUACCUGAAAAAGAAGCAUAUUUUAUCACGAAUUUUAUACAAAUGGCCUCACAAAGGUACGCGAAGAGGCCUUUAUUGUGAAACAAACAAUAGAGUAUUAUGCUAUUAUUAGCAUUAUUAUUAUUAUCUUUUUUUUUCCAUAUAUACUGAGGGAAUCAGAUUGUUUUUAUUUUUUUCUUCUGAGAAAGGGAAUCAGAUUGUUGAUGUGUACAAUUAGAAUAAUAUAUAUUAGACUUGAGAAAACUUUUCACGCAAGUGAUUUUGGAAUCUUGCUGCCUAGAAAAAUAAAACAAAUAAAAAGAGUUUGGCAUCUUGCUGUACUUACUACAGCAACAGUGUAUUGAAAGAGAAUAUACAUAAAAUACUGCUAUUUUGUCCCAGCAUCCAAGUCAAGUCAUCACCUCUAAGUUAGAAACUUUGUCUUGGUAGAUUAUAAUUAAGCAAAUGUUUUCCCCUAGAACCGUCCAAUGAUAACAACCCCUCUCUCAUGAAGAUUAUCCUAUUUUAUAUGUGAAACACUAGGAGUAGAUCGAUUUGACUCUUAUUCCAGUAAUAUUUUAACUGUUCUUAUAAUCAGAUGGAUUCGGGAAUAAAUUUCAAAAACCUUAAUGUGCAUGGUUUAAUCAGUACGUACCGUCAUGUUGAUAGUGAUCUGCUGUGAAAUUCCAAAACAAUAUAUUAUUAAUAUAUGUAUUGAUCUCUCUGAUGUAGCGGAGCACUAACUAAUAAAUAUAAGUACUACUAAAUCUCAUGCAAAGCAAAACUCAUUCAUUAUACAUAUAACAUAUACGCAAAUUUAAGUUAUUAAUAAGAGAGAAUAUCAAUCAAUAUCAAUAUGUCUAAUAAUAAUCACCGUAUUUUUCUCUUGGGACUAAUAAUUCUCUUUCUAACAUUAGUAUUAAUAAAUUGUGACGAGGGUGCAGCCUCAAAAUGCCGCCCGAGCGGUAGAAUCAAGGGAAAGAAGCUACCACCGGGCGAAUGCAUGGAGGACGACCUGUGCUGCGUGGAGGGCAGAAUGUACAAAGUCUACGAAUGCUCCCCCUCCGUAACUGCACACACCAAGGCCUAUAUGACAAUCAACAGCUUCGAGGGUGGCGGGGACGGUGGCGCCCCAGCCAAGUGUGACAACCGCUACUACUCGGAUGACACGCCCGUGGUGGCACUGUCGACGGGGUGGUACGAAGGUGGAAGCAGGUGCCUCAAGAACGUGACCAUCAGAGCCCCGAGUGGGCGUAGUGUGGAGGCGAUGGUGGUGGACGAGUGUGACUCCUCUGUGGGGUGUGGCAAAGAUGAGGACUACCAACCUCCAUGCGCCAACAACGUUGUUGAUGCCUCCAAGGCUGUUUGGAAAGCUCUUGGUGUUCCUCCUCGGGACUGGGGUGACUUGGAUAUUACCUGGUCUGAUGCCUAAUUCAUAACUAGUUCGCUCAUCAUCACUUUCCUUCUUCUAUAUAGUACAUUAAUAUCAAUAUUGAAUUUUCUUAUUCUUAUCCGUUGUGGAAGUCCUUGGCUAAGUUAAUCAUGUUCUUAUAUGAUUUUGUAUGAUUGUAGUGUGCAUCUAAAUCUGUAAUAUAUUUCUUAGUGUUCUGAUCUGUUGUUAAAGUAGCUAGUCCUAACUCCUAUGAGAACACUAUGGCUAAUUGGUGAAAUAAUAAAAUUAACUGUU